CUUUUAUCGACGCUCUGAGUUGGACUCCACUACUAUUAUGGGCUUUGGCGAUUUUGUGCUUAAAGUCUGUCCCUCGGGGGGUACUUCUCCUAAUAGUUUGUUGCAUCACAUUAUAUUUCUCUAGCACAUUGAACACUUUUUACACCGCAAUAUGGAUGGGCAAAUUGAUUCCCAGAAUUUUAUGGAAUCUAAACGAGAAAUCGCAGAAUGCGAUGCAAACAUACCUUUGGAUAGCACAACUACGCCGGCCCUUCCCAAAAGAGCCAUUUCACAGAAGCUCCUGGAGCAUUGCGACCAUGCCAGUCUCGAUGAAACCGUGCUUGUCACAGCGCAAGAUAGUGGCUACAACUCGUCCGGAUCCUCGACACGUCACUCUCCGGCCGAAACUCUGAGUGGUGGAGGGGACGACGGCGAGCCGGUUCGCACGCGGUCAAGGGCAUCUAGCCGUACUUCGAUUUCCUCAAUCCCCGCCUCAGUAUUGACGAACCUACCCGAUGGAAUAAGACCUACAAACCUGCGAGAUACGCAAGAUUACGUGUAUCAACCCUGGGACCAUCACGGGCCGCGGACCGUCCAUACAAUCCGACAGCGCGAAGGCACGUUCCGGAAGCCGAGCUCGGUACGGGCAAUGCAGAUGCAUACUGAGGAUGAGGCAGAUUACGAGUAUCAUCUGACUCCUCCCAAACGCCGGGGUAGCCAGCGCACUUCUGAUUUCUCUAUUCGGUCCGCGGGUUCGUCGCCAUUCAAACGGUCCCCGUUUUACUCUCCCACGGCUACUGCUGGCAAGCCGAAGGUCAAGAAGGAAUAUCCACUUGUCCUUCUUCACUGCACCCUAUUGUCCCCGUCACUCCCAGUGGCCGGAUUAGCCACACAUCCGGAUCGUAAGAAGAUUUUGAGCGAAGUUCUGCCUUCGGUAUACUGGAAGAGGUGGAAGUUACUCGAGGAGAAAAUUGGAUCAGGCGUUCUCCGCGAGCGUGGUGUGCUUAUAUCGCACCCGGAGGAUAUGUACGAUCUUCUUGAGGAACGGCUAUUGGAGAGCCUGGAAUUACAGGACCCUCGGCUUGAUCAUGGGCACUUCCUUUGGCGUGACGAAACUGAGUCGGAUAGGGAGGACCGCUUAGAAAAGGACGACAACAGCACAGAGGAUGAAGGUGAUGAGUGCCCGGAUUGCGGAGGCCGCAUUUUGCGGCACAAUACGACCCGAAAGUGGGAAGUCAAAGUAUUCGCCGCCAACGGACUGAUGAGGGCUGGCGCGUGGGCUGCAGCAUGGAAAGAGAUGGAGAAGGUCGAUGUAGAGGUUGGCCUAUGGUUGCCUUCCGAUGUGAGAGCAGAACUUGGAAAACUGGUGGCCGAAGCCUCGUCGCACAUUGAUAACGGGUUCGGUCAGCCUUUACUACAGGAUCCGGGGAAUAUCCCACCGGAGCCUCCAAGUCUUGCGCUCACGCCGACCCCUCAAAAAGCCGGCUCCCGGCCUCACGUUACUCAACACCGUCAAAGGUCUCCAUCGCCUGUCACAACUCGGCAUAGGCCUCAAGAUGAUCAGAAGUCCGAAUCGAAUGCGAGAAAGCCGUCAGAAGAGAUUGACUUGCAAACUCUGCUGGUGAACUACGUACGCGUGCUUGCCAACGACCGACGCAAUAUCGCCAUUGUCUUCCUUAGCAUGCUUGUUGUUUUUAUUGCUAUCAACUCCAGAUCAGCAACAGUUGUGUCGGAUUUGCACCCAUUCCCCGAGAAUAUCCUAGAAUCUACUGCUUCAUCCGUGGUUCCACUGCAGGAACCCGAAAUUCAAUCGUGGAGCGAGAGGACGAACUCUCGAACCUUAUCUGUCACAGUGCCAGACUCGACAGCAGUAGUUGCACCAUCCGCGGAACCUGUGACAUUUUCCAGCUUAGACAGCUCAUCAGGGCCCCCAGUGAAACGUCUUCUAUAUGAACCGGAAGAGGCACAGCAACCAAGACCUAAUGAGGUAUUUGUGGAAAAUGCCGACUUGGUUUCUGAGGUUGGGCAACAAGAGCCACCCAGCGAGAAUAAACCGGAGAAGCUGUCACGAACAGAAGGUGACACGGUAUAUAUUGAAAGUGUCAAUGCAUUGUCUGAUAUGGAAGCGCAAGAACACUCCAGAGAGAUUGCGCCGGAAGAAUCACAGCCAGCAGCAGCUGGUAAUUCGGCAGUUGAAAAUGCCGAGUUUGAUUCUGAGAAGGGGGAACAACAGCAUAGCGAGAACACACACGUGGAGUUACCGCCCACAGUGAGCGAUACCGCACCUGUUGGAAGUGUCGAGAUUGCCUCUGCAGAGCCGGAACAGUCAUCACAAGCUAGCAAGAACGAGCCGGACGAGGCUUUGCCAGCUACGGCCGGAACUCCCUCCAGUGAUGGCUCUCAUGACUUUUCUGAAGCGAAAGAGACCUUACAAGUCAGUGAAACAGCGUUCUCGGAGGAAGCCCAAAGUUCGACUGUUUCAGUGGAUGAUAGCAUCAAUGACCUGCCAUUGCCCCUUGACGAACAACACAAUCAGCACGAGCAGAUCGAUGAAACCCAGCACAAUGAACAACUCGAGCAACAUGAACCAAGCGCGUCGAAUUAGCAGAAUGAACAGAAUGAAGCGAACGAAAUAUACGAUACGUGACCGAGCUACGUCGCUAUUUACGAACGAUAUGAGAAGAUUUUGGACUUGGCCUUUGGAUUUCUGUGGACCUUGCUUGUUAGCCGUUAUGUUACCUUUAGCAUUAGCCUUAUUGAAUCUAUGUUUAGAAUUGGUGUAUUAAAUUGAACUGCCGCAUCUCAGUGUCUCCCCGAAC